AUGGAUUACUCCUACUACGGCCCCCGAUCGCAGCCUUAUUCCCUCUACGGACUGCCGACACCCGAUCAGCCACCUCAAGCGCAACGCGAUGAUACAUUUGCUCCCAUAAAUGACUAUCAGCAAAAUUUCCCUGGCUUUGAUGCCUCAUUCCACCUCGACCCCUCUUCGUCCUUUGUCCCGCCACCGCAUUCACCGCCCGAAUCGUUUUCCAAGCACUCAGUCUCAAGUACCGAUGGCGGCAACAAUCAGCACACAGAUCCCAUUUUUGAGGGCGAUGAGCCACAAUUUGCCGAUCCCUCAAUGGGAAGGAGCAGCAGCGAAGAAAACCAGUCGGCGCCCACGCAAAGCAAGCGGAAAGCCCAGAACCGUGCUGCCCAACGAGCAUUCCGCGAGAGAAAAGAACGUCAUGUCCGCGAUCUCGAAGACAAAGUGAACUCUCUCGAACAAGCCUCCGACUCAUUACAAGCCGAUAAUGAACGCCUGAAGCGCGAGCUAGCGAGAUAUUCAACUGAGAAUGAAAUCCUGCGUGCUACAUCAAAUCAUCUCGGCCGCGGCAAUGGCAACGGCCAGGCGAACGAACCCCCGGAACCGACUGUCACUGGUCCAAUGAGGUACUCGCCAACAGACUUCUCUGGCACUGUUCAACAUGGGGGAAAGUCCGUCCCUCCGUCCCCGCAGCACCGCAUUCUAGUAUGUCCAGAGACUGGCGAGAAGCUUUUGGAUUCGCGGGCUACCUGGGACCUUAUUCAAAGCCAUGAUUUGUUCAAGAAUGGACAGCUUGAUAUUGGUGAAAUUGGUGAGCGACUUAAGGGUAUGGCGCAGUGCAAUGGCCAGGGACCUGCAUUUAAGGAGAGUGAGAUUAUCAGGGCUAUCGAGGCGAGUGCGGCUAUGGGACGUGAUGAGUUGAUUUAG